AGAGAAUGUAUUUUCAUUUCUUUGCAGGUAGAAUGUGUUGUGAGUCAAUCAAUGGAGGACCGCUUGUACUUAAUCGUCAUAAACUUAUAUACUGGAAUAUCCUAAAUAUUGAAAGCAGACCUAUUUUCAGAAGAAUGAGGCCAGGUCUGGAAGUACCGACCAGCUGGUUUCUAGGGGUAAUUGGGCAAGUCAUUUUGAAUUUUUACUUGCUUGUCUAGGAUAUGCAGUCGGUCUCGGAAAUGUCUGGAGAUUUCCCUAUCUAGCUUACAGAAAUGGUGGAGGUGCUUUUCUCAUUCCAUUUAUUAUAAUGAUGUUAGUAAUUGGUCUUCCGACAUUCUUUUUGGAAAUGUCAAUUGGCCAAUAUUCGGGUUUGGGACCAAUAAAAUCAUUCGCUGCGAUAUCUCCAAUAUUUGGGGGUACAGGAUACGCAGUCCUGGCAGUUAUUACGCUUGUCACCAUCUACUAUGAAGUCAUCGUCGCAUGGAUUCUAUUUUAUAUAUUUGCUUCAUUUUCAUCGGAACUGAAAUGGGGAUCGUGCAGGAAUAGUUUUAACACAAUGGAUUGUUACAGUGUAACGGAAGACAAAGAAUGCCGAAGUUGGACCAACGGAUCAUACACUUUCUAUCAAAAAGCUUGCACGCCGGUGAAAGACAUAUGUGAUAAAUUCAAUCUCUCAUAUGGGGAUGGAAUGCACUGCCGCAAUGGAUCGCAAAGUUUUCAUCUUAGCACCAUCGUGACACGCACCCUGGCAGCCGAAGAAUAUUACUAUAACUACGUGUUAGGUCGUUAUGACCACACAUGGGAAGACUGGGGUGCUCCGAGUUGGCAGCUUCUAUUGUGCUUGGCCCUAGGAUGGAUCAUAACGUGUUUAUGUUUAUUGAAAGGAAUCAACAAUGCCGGAUAUGUUCUUUAUGUGACAAUAUUUUCACCCUACAUCGUACUCGUAGCCUUACUUAUAAGAGGAGCGACGUUAGACGGAGCACUAGAAGGAAUCAAAUUUUACAUAACCCCGGAUUUUAGCGCGCUGAAAAGUCCUGAUGUUUGGGGAGAUGCUGCUUCACAGAUAUUUUAUUCGUUUGGUAUAGCAUGUGGUUCUUUGGUAACCUUAUCUUCCUACAAUCCAUUCAGCAAUAAUUGCCACAGAGAUGCGGUAUAUGUCUCAGUUCUAAAUGUACUGACUGCAAUUUUUGCUGGAUUCGUUGUAUUUUCUAUAACUGGUUUUCUGGCUCAUGAGAUGGGAGUUCCUCUGUCAGAAGUGGCCGAACACGGGCCUGGUUUAGCUUUCGUGGCUUAUCCGGAAGCAGUAAAUAUGAUGCCUAUACCUCAAUUAUGGUCUGUGCUGUUUUUCCUUAUGAUGCUCGCGCUCGGUCUCAGCAGUCAAUUCGGAGGAUUGGAAACUAUCAAUACGUGCAUUAUAGAUCAAUGGCCGCAAUUGAGAGCACAUCGAUGGAAGGUGACAGUCACCACAUGCACAGUUUGCUUUAUUCUUGGAAUCCCGAUGGUAUGUGGAGGUGGUGUUUACUUAUUCACUCUUAUGGACUGGAACACUGCUUCCUGGGCAGUUUUACUCAUUGGCAUGGCACAGCUGGUUUUAGUAUCGUGGUCAUAUGGAAUGAAUAAGUACUUAGACAACAUUGCUGAAAUGGGUAUCAAGCUCAAUCGUUUUGCAAAAUGGUAUUGGAAAGUCACAAUUGCAGUUAUAUCGCCCCUUGCAUGCUUGGCCGUAUUCAUAUUCCUUAUGAUCAAUUAUGAAACUGCUACGUUUGAAGACUACAUAUUCCCUGCUUGGGCAGACGCUAUUGGAAUUUUAAUAGGAUUGACUACAUUAGUACCCAUUCCAAUAUAUACUAUGUACUUGCUCUUUAAGCGUAAAAUUACCGGCUGGGACCUAUUCAAACCGACAAAGGCAUGGGGACCUCAAACUGAUGUUAAUAGACGUGCGUCUCUCUUGGUUGCAAGAACUGAUGGGGAACAAAACACUAAAGAAGUCUAAGUAUAGACAUAAAAGACUGAUGCGAUAUUCAUAAUAAGAAAUUUUUAUCGUAUGUUUAUGUGUUAAUCUUUUUAUAUGUAUUAAUAGUAAGGAAUUUGUAUUUGUAAUACGUUAUUAUUUAUAAUAUAAAUAUUUAUAU